AUGGUGAGAACUCCCUUCUAUGACAAAAAUGGACUGAAGAAAGGUGCAUGGAGUACAGAAGAGGAUAAUAAGUUAAGAGCUUAUAUUCAGAAAUUUGGCCAUUCCAACUGGCGGAAACUUCCCAGAUCGGCAGGUCUAUCAAGGUGUGGGAAGAGUUGCAGACUGCGAUGGAUGAACUACCUCAGGCCAAAUGUAAAACUGGGAAACUACACUGAGGAAGAAGAUCUUAAGAUCACCAAAUUGCAUGAUGAACUAGGGAAUAAGUGGUCCAUGAUCGCGACAAGAUUGCCUGGAAGAACAGAUAAUGAAAUAAAAAACCACUGGCACACCCACCUGAAGAAUCGUACAAAGAAAAUUUCUAGAAAAUCUAAGGAACUGAAAGAACAGUCUGCCGGUAUUAGGGAAGCUGAAAAUGGUAUAUGCAGUGAUCCCUCUAACCAAAUCUUAGAGAGCUCUGAUAAUAAACCUGUAUCUGGGGCAGAAUGGGUCGCAGGAGAUUGCCUUUUGACAUUGGAAACACUCGAACAAUCGUUUGAGAACUUUUGGACUGAACCAUUUUUUAUGGAAGAUACCUACAUCCAGACAACGUAUCCAGCAUCCUUGGCAGAGGGAGGAUUUAGUACGUCACCAUCCCGCUUCAACGACGGCAUAGAUUUGAUCCACCAGGUAAUGCAAGAACUACAAGAGAAUUAA